CCAUAACCCAUUUUGUGAUGUUCGCCUUUCUUCGAAUUUUGUCGCACACAUUCAGAAAUCACAGAGAAGAGCAAGUGAUAAUACAGAGACAGAGAAGCUACUCUACUGGGUAAUGAUGCUUACAGGAGACAUACCACCGAAUCAAACUAUAUACAUUAAGAACUUAAACGAGAAGGUCAAGAAAGAAGAGCUAAAGAGGUCUCUGUAUUGCUUGUUCUCGCAGUAUGGGAGGAUUGUGGAUAUAGUAGCGCUGAAAACUCCUAAACUUAGAGGACAAGCAUGGGUUGUGUUUAGUGAAGUAACAGCUGCCAGUAAUGCUGUGAGGCAAAUGCAAAACUUCCCGUUUUACGACAAACCAAUGCGGAUACAAUAUGCUAAAUCAAAGUCAGAUUGUAUUGCUAAGGCAGAGGGGACCUAUGACAAGAAAAAGAAACAAGAUGAAAAAGUGGAAAAAAGGAAACGUACUGAAGAAACUCCGCAAACUGGUGCAGCUAAUGGCCCAAGAGCUGACAGUAACGGAGGUCCAGCUGCUGCAUCUCGACCAGGAAAGCCAAGUAUGCAAGAUGUUGCAGAACCAAAUAAUAUUCUCUUUAUACAGAAUCUUCCCCACGAGACAACAAGUAUGAUGCUUGAAGUGCUCUUCAAACAGUAUCCUGGGUUUAGAGAAGUUCGAAUGAUUGAAGCGAAGCCAGGUAUUGCAUUCGUGGAAUUUGAUGAUGACGUCCAGUCUUCAGUCGCCAUGCAGGCUCUUCAAGGCUUCAAAAUCACCCCCCAAAAUCCCAUGGCAAUCACCUAUGCCAAGAAAUGAGCAGUCUUAAUUCCAGUACAGGCUGGGAUUAUCUGUUCACCCCAUAGGUCAGAUGAGGAAGAUGUAGAAGGCACAUGUAUUAUACACUUGAGCAGGUUUCUUUUAAGCCUUGAAGUCUAUUGGGUCUUUGUAUCCCCAAUUUAAAAUGUUUUGAUAUUAUAUUGUUUUAAACAAUUUGAUUUUGUGUACUAGUGCUGCUGAAUGCUAAGAAAAUAGGCAUUUGAUUGAA